UGUAGUUGCAACAUCAUAUGGAGAAGACUGUGUCCUUAUUGCAGUGCACAUCGCACGGAUAGUCGUCCGGAUUUUUUUUCCUCUUCGUGGCUUCGUUUGGAUCUAUCUAUCAUUCUCUCCCUGGUAUUGGAAUAUAUCGCAACACUGUUCAUCUGAGAAGAAAUGAUCGGUUUUCUAAUGCAAGAGUGCUAAAUGCUGACCUGAGCUCUGGUAUAUGAGGAACACAACCUACAGAUGGAGUCAAGGGUUCCUCACCACAUUCCUGGAGUCUCCUCCUCCAUCAUGGUGCAGCCUUUGCUAGACAGCCGCAUUCCCUACGGACGGCUCCAGCACCCAUUAACUAUUUACCCCAUUGACCAAAUGAAAUCUUUACAUUUGGAGAAUGACUACAUCGACACCCCUGCUGUGAUCUCACAACAGCCACCAAGCCACAAGGCAAGCACGAGGGGGCAGGAAGUCCUGCUGGGAGCCCCGCACCAUCCUCAUCUGCCCCGCUGCGAGGUCCCAGAUGCCACCACACAUCCCUGGAUUUCCUUCAGUGGUCGGCCCAGCUCCGUCAGCAGCAGCAGCAGCACCUCCUCCGACCAAAAGCUGCUGGACCAUGCAGCUCCCACCCCUGUUGUGGAUCCGUACACUACUGGCAAUGGCCACGGCAGGACCCUAGGUGCAGAGCAACCCAAGGCGCUGAGCUCCAAGACUCAGAAUGUGAAGGCGGUUGCGGCAUUGCCAGUGGAGAAGAAGCACGUGCCGUUGUGUGAGAAAUGCGGCAAAUGCAGAUGCACGGAGUGCACUUUGCCCCGGGCCCUGCCCUCGUGUUGGGUUUGCAACCAAGAGUGCCUGUGCUCAGCGAAGAACCUAGUGGACUCUGUCACUUGCAUGUGUCUAGUCAAGGGCGUCUUCUACCACUGCACUGAUGAGGACGAGGAAGGCUCCUGCGCCGACAAGCCGUGCUCCUGCUCGCACUCGAACUGUUGCGCGCGUUGGUCCUUCAUGGCGGCCGUUUCGUUGGUGCUGCCCUGCCUGAUGUGUUAUUUGCCCGCCACUGGUUGCGCCAAGCUUUCACAGAAGUGCUACGACGGCAUAAGCCGCCCAGGCUGCCGCUGCAAUAGCACCCAGCCCUGCAAGGUGGCAGAGGUCAAGGCCUGUCAUCUGGAAAAACAGGCCUCAUGAUGGUGUGCCAGAAACAGAGAGUACAAAGUGACUCACGAGCAAAGUUCGCAAGACCUUCUCCGAUAGCGGUGUACUUCCCAAAAUCACGGUACUUAAAGUUCACGCAUGAUCCUCGCGCUCAAGGCAUCCUGCCGUAAAUCAGUAGUAACGUUUGACUGACCAAAGGGCACAAAGCAUUAUUUUACUCGUUCGUAAAGUACUACAACAAAGGAGAGGCCUGCGUUUUCUUCUCCUGGGGUUCUCAUGAUGGCCGUGGGAUCAAAGUCUUUGCCAUUUCACCCCCUAGUAAAACAACUUGCUAACACAGAAUGCUGCAUUUGAGCAAAAUGUCUGUUUGUAAGAUUCCAAUCUCUUCUCUGAUGUUUAUUUUCUC